GUCUACAACCGCAACUUUUUGACCUGGUUUUUCAUGCUGCUUUGGACGGUGGACAUCGUCAUAAGCUUCCUGACCGGUGUCUAUGUAGAUGGGCGCUUACACAUGGACCUGACGACCAUUGCGAAAGAGUACGUGAAGACGUGGCUGCUGCUGGAUGCCAGCGUGGUGGUGGUGGAGUGGCUGGCCGUGAUCACGGAUGAGAUCGCCAGCUCCACAGUGUCCAUCUUCCGGAGCUUUCGGCUGAUCAGGCUGAUGAAGCUGCUUCGCUUCAAGAAGCUGCACGCCCUCUUCAAUGAGGUCCUCUUCGAGCGCGCGAAGGUGCUCUCUGCGAACAUCUCGAUCCUGAAGACCUGCCUGGCAUACCUGGCUGGCUUGCACGUCAUGGCCUGCAUGCUGCUCUUCAUCCGGACCUCCACGGAGGAGGGCCGCGCCAUCUUUCUGGAGAAGGGCGUCCAGAACACGGACAUGGCCUACGCGUACCUGAUCUCCAUCCACUGGGCCCUGGACUUCUUCCUGUGGUCGGAGGUGAACGUCGCGGACUCCACGGCGGACCACGUGGUGGCGGUCUGCAUGCGCCUUGCUGGCUUCGUGGGCACCUCCAUCUUCUUGGCGCGGAUCGUGUUCCUCACACAGCAGUACGUGGACGACAGGCUCAGUAACUUGCAGGAUGUGGCCAACAACUACCUGGAGACACAUCCCAUCUCCAACGACCUGUCCCUGCGCCUCAAGAAGUUCGUGGUGUCGUGUUACCAGCAAUCCUGGCUGGAGAGCAAGUUGCAGGAGGAGCAAAAGUUGCUGGACAAGAUGCCGGAGAACUUGCAGACGGACCUGUGCGAGGAGAGCCGCGGCCCGCACCUCUGCAAGAGCACCUUCUUCCGCGAGCUGCAGGACAAGUUCCGGACCUGUUUCCGCCAUAUUUGCAUCGACGGUAUAGAGGAGGUGGUAGCCCAGCGCCACGACAUGCUCUUCCAGGAUGGGUACCACUCGCACGCGGUGCUGGUCACGGUCUCCGGCUCGUUCAGCUAUACGCUAGCCAGGAAGCACACGCUACUUGGGCAUUUGGGCCAGCUGCUGGCGCCGAAGCACAUCAAGAACCGGAAGACCAAGGUGGACCCCGGCACCGUGGUCUGCGAGAUCGCCAUGUGGACCAGCUGGAUCCACACCGGGUCCAUGCAGGUAUUGAAAAGUGGCAUCUACCUGGAGAUCAGCACGGACUACUUGAGCAGCGUCGUGGCUGCCUACCCGGAAGCGGCGCGUACAGCGCACGCCUACGGGCGGAUGGUUGUGAUCCAGCUUCACCAUUGCCGCAACGACUGCACCGACCUCACCCCGUUGGAGAUCGACUUCAAGUCCUUGCGCAAGGUGACGGUGAAGUUCAUGACAGAUGGCCACUGCAUCUUCUUGUCACACUUCAAGAAGGAAGCAGGCACUGAGGCGGCACUCAUGCAGGAGGCCCUGACGAACAAGAUCCAGCUGGACCCGCAGAAUGCGGCGCACUACCUCGAGCACCCGGUUUUCUUGGACUCGGAGAAUCUCGAAGACCUCACCAAGUUGAGGGACCACAUCCACUCCAGCAGAAACGUCGUGGUGUUACUCACGCCUGGCAUCUUCGAGCGUCCCUGGUGCUUGGUGGAGAUAGUAUCUGCAUUUAAGCAGAACAAGAACAUCGUGCCGGUGGAAAUCCAGAAGCCCGAUAUGAAGUUCGAAUAUCCCGAUGAGGAGUUCAUCAUGGACCUUUGUGACGGUCGACUCUUUACAGAGACGGACAUGCAAGUUUUUGCCUUGGAGCAGAUUGAGUUGGAUGACAUCGAGGCAGCGCUCCGUCACAUUUUUACAAAGAUUGCCUUGCCGUUCUCACCUCACAAAGCAAGUUCGAUCCGGGAUGUGGAGAUCAAAACGAUCUUGCAGCGCUGUGCCAUGUGAGAGGUUCCUUCCGAAGCCUAGAGAUUUCACCAAGAGACGCGCAGGCACUCUGCACAAGUAGUUGUUGGGCUGGGGCAGAGAAGGGGAA